AUGGCUGAAAAGGACCAAGAGAACGGUCACGGGUCCCUUCAGACAGAAUCCAGCGCUGAGGCCCAUCGACGAGGAUCCAGCGCCACUUGGCGAACCAACAGGGGCACCCACCGUGCAGCCAGCACCCUUUGCGACGAGGCCACCUCUGCGUCCCACUCGACCACAGCCGCCGGAACCACCUACUGA